AUGACGGUUAGGACCGUCGUGGGAGGGAGUGGAUGUGGGCUUUUAAGAAGACAGAGCCCCACACCCAAGGCGAAGCUUCUCCGGACAGGGGAUCCGGGAGGCCUGGGCGGGGUCACCCGGGCGGGGUCCGGGGAGGGGCUGGGGCAGGAGGCGGGGUCCGUCUGCCGUCGGAGCAGGAGCGCUGAGCGCCCAGAGCGCACCGCCGGCUCGAGGGACGCAUCCCGCCUCGGCACGCACAGCUCUGCUGCCACCCAGCCUCCCGCACCCUCGCCGCCAGAACUGCGUGCGGAGCCCGAGGGAGGUGCCAUGCGGAGCGCGCUGAGCCGGUGCGCGGUAGCCCGCGCCGUGGUCCUAGCCGGCCUGUGGCUGGCCGCAGCCGGGCGCCCCCUAGCCUUCUCGGACGCGGGGCCGCACGUGCACUACGGCUGGGGUGAGCCCAUCCGCCUACGGCACCUGUACACCGCCGGCCCCCACGGCCUCUCCAGCUGCUUCCUGCGCAUCCGCGCCGACGGCGGGGUUGACUGCGCGCGGGGCCAGAGCGCGCACAGUCUGGUGGAGAUCAGGGCAGUCGCUCUGCGGACCGUGGCCAUCAAGGGCGUGCACAGCGUCCGGUACCUCUGCAUGGGCGCCGACGGCAGGAUGCAAGGGCUGCCUCAGUACUCUGCCGGAGACUGUGCUUUUGAGGAGGAGAUCCGCCCCGACGGCUACAAUGUGUACCGGUCUAAGAAGCACCGUCUCCCCGUCUCUCUGAGCAGUGCCAAACAGAGGCAGCUGUACAAGGACAGAGGCUUUCUGCCCCUGUCCCACUUCUUGCCCAUGCUGCCCGGGAGCCCAGCAGAGCCCAGGGACCUCCAGGACCACGUGGAGUCUGAUGGGUUUUCUGCCCCCCUAGAAACAGACAGCAUGGACCCUUUUGGGAUCGCCACCAAAAUGGGACUAGUGAAGAGCCCCAGCUUCCAAAAAUAAGUGGGGCUGUGGCCUCCCCUCCACCGCCCUUACAGGCCAGGACCCCAGACCUGUGGUGCUUGCAAAGUGGGUUCUGGCUGUGCUUCUACAGUACAAUCCUGGGCUUGCGCUCCGGGUAGCUUUAGGAAGAAACAUCUAGAACUUGUACAUAUACAGAGUUGUACAUUGGCUGCGCCAGUUCCUAGUGGAUAGACAUGUAUGAUCUUGAAACCGUAAGCCUUCCACCCCGCACCUUUGCCAUUGCUGGACAGUUUGCUGUGCUGCCCUGAUUCCGCUUGAAUAC